AGUGGUCACAUCACCAUGAAUUCUUCGCUUGCUCCAUUUCUUCUAGGUGCAGUGUACCAAAAAAACAGAAGGCUCUUCCCAGAUUCUCUGACUAAACUACGGAAGCUGAUAGAGGAGAAACUUCAAAUUGUUUCUUCUGACGUCACAGAGGACCAGCAGGGAGUGGCGUUUGCAGAGGAUACUAGAGGAGGACCGUGGAAGUUUGCCGUCUUGAGUAAGGAGUUGACCUCUCACCUCCAGCAGCUGCAGACAGAAACUGAACACGAGCUCAACAACAUAAAGACACAACAACUGCACAUUGAUAGCCGACUGAAGCAGCUGACGUCUGAGUUGUUUGUUCUGCGAGAAGAGAAGCAACAAAAACUGCAAGAAUUCACAAGUGUCACCACCCUUCAGACAUCCACUUUGCAGUUGAGGACUUGUCAGGAACUUCAGGCCUCUAUUGCGGAGUGUCUGGUCCAGUCAGAGAGGCUUGUGUUCCAGAAGGAGGCGUUGAGCACGCUCCAUAACCUUCUGGCACAAGACUUGAACAGAUACCAAGAAGAGAUACAAAGGCUAAACUGUUUCACACAGAGAACACUCAUAAACAGAUCAGAAGAGGAAGGAAAGACUUCCAUCAACAGCACUAGUGGCCACAGAAUGCUAGAAAAGAACGAGACAAACGACAUGCAUACACCUGAGUGUUCUCCAACCCAAUCACCACUUAGUCCACAGCAGACAGCCACCAAAGAAGCCGCCAAACAAAACUGGACAGCCAGUCAAAGGAAAGCGGGCCUCUCAAAUCUGCAGCGAGCCGGCAGCGUCAAAGACCUUAUCAGUAAAUUCUCUGGUCCAGAGAGUGACUUAUAUCUCGUGUCUUCUCCGGGGCUUUAUUUAGGAGCAGAAAGAGCUCAAAAGUUCACUUCCUCUGAGACAGUCCUGUCUCUUAAAUCCAAGUCGAGUCCGACUGUUAUCAGUCGUGACUGUACGCUUCCAACCAUCUCUGUGACGCCUCCAUGCACGGCGGAAAUUAAGCAAACUCAGAAGGACGCUGGAGUUAGCCAGAAAACUGCAAGUAUUGAUUGUCCAGUAGAAAGCAGCAGUCACAAGACAGAUUCAAACAAAGCAGCUGACUCUGGUAGAGAUUCGGUGGCUGACUCUGGCAUGGGAUCGGAGCCUGAAAGUGAAUCAAACAAGCAGUCGGAUAGUCUAUCAGAGGAGGAGCCCUCCACUCCUCGAACUGUGCCACCCAGCCCCAAAUAUCAGCUGUUCCUUGAAAAUGAUCUGAAGUCCAAUGGCUUGAGUAGUAGUAGUAGCAAGAUUGCAGAUGGUCAAGGAGGCGGAGGGUCACUGGGGGAGAAUGGCCCCAGGCUGUCCCGGUGGGAGACCACUCGGUCGGGGCCCAACAACUUCCAAGGGUCCAUGGAGUCAAUCGCCUCGCGGGACUUAGAAAGUGAUCGGGGAUUUUUUGUUGAAGGUCCCCGAGUGUUCAACAGUCCCUACAGCAUGAAUGUGAACGCAUCUGCUGAUUUUAACACACUUUAUCGGACAAACGAGUUUAAGAGCGGAAUUUCCCCUGCCACCUCAGAGUUGAACCUGCACACUUUCAACAGUCGCAGCAACAGUCCCGUGUUUAUGAGCGGACCCACCUUCAUUCCCCCUCGCACACGAUAUUCAGCUUACGAUUCUCUGUUGAAAAGAAGGAACGAUGUUCCGGCCAUAUCAACCCAGUACAGCAUGCGGGCCGCCACUCUAGGGGGCCUCAGUAGGAAAGACUUUAUUGAGGAACUGACCAAACAGCUGGAUAAUUGUCAGAAGCGUAACCAGUUCCUGGAGGCUGAGAGUGUGGAGAUGGAGAAAGAGAGAAACCAGAUCAGGUUUGAAAUGCGGGGCCUACUGGUGAACAAUGAAGACCUGUUGAGGACCAACACUCAGCUGGCCAAUGAAAUGAAGAGAAUGAGAGAGCAAAUGAUAGAGUUGGAGAGAACCAAUCAAGCUUUGGCGGAGCAACACAGAGGGAUGGAGAUCGAGGUCAAGCAGGCCCGCGACAUGAUGGUGGAAGCCAAUACUCAGGAGUACGCCUUCGGUUUCCUUGAGCAGACACUAAAAAACAAGAUCCAGGAUGCUGAGGAGAGUCUUGAGAAACAGACCCAGCACUCUCAGACUCUGGCAGAGAAGUUAUGGCUGGCAGAGAGACAGCUGGAAGACCUGGAGGUGGACAAAGACAGCAAAAGCAAAAAGACAUCUGAACUCAGCACCACUAUUCAAAGACUGGAGUUAGAGCUGGCCGAGGCCCUGCAGAUCUCCUCACAGUCUACAGCAGAGUUGAACCUUCAGCAGAAAUUGCGCCAGGACGCCCAGCUAAGGAUGGAGGAGCUGGAGGAGUCUUUGUUGGAGAAGGAGCAGGAGCUGCAGAGACAUCAGGCCCUCAUCAUCAGGCUGCAGGGAGAUGUGUCUGGGAAGCUGAUAGACAAGGAGCAGACAUUGGAGGAGGAGAUCCAGCUGAGAGAGAGACUCCAGCUGCAAUGCAAGCAGGUGGAGAGGACUGUGGAUGACCUCCAAAUGGAAUUGCAGACCACCAUCCAGGCCAAAGAUGACCUGGCCAAACAACUCAAGCAGGCUCAGGAAAAAUUGAUUGACUUAGAGACUGAUGUGGAGGAGUUGCAUGAUAGUGAGCAGAGGUGGGCCGCUAAGAAUAAGAGAGCUAUUGACCAGACUGAACAGCUGCAGCUAAAGCUCAUUCAGGAGAAAGAUCUCAAUGACCAACUGGAAUCUGAGAAGGCCAUCAUUGAGAGACAGUUUCGUGAACUGCGCCUGGAGAUGGAUGAGAUUCAGAGCGUCAAACCUUCAGAGGAUGUCAUCUCCAAGACAGAGACUCGCAUGAAAGAGCUGGAAAACCUGCUGAGAACUGAGGAGAGGAGCAAAGCCGUUCUCAUGAACACCAUUGGUAAACUGGAGAGGAGGGUCAACGAACUGAGCGAUCAGAUGGAGGAAGAGCAUAGGAUAGCCACUGAGCAGAAAGACUUGAUGGCACAAAGAAUCCGCUCGCUGAAGCGUCAGCUGAACGAGGCCGAGGAGGAGGCGAGCAGGAGAGACGCUCAGCUCCGUCACACCCAACGAGAGUUGGCCGACGAGCGGGAGUCGAACGGACGGCUUCAGAGACAGCUGCUCGACCAACACCUGCUCACUAAGCGUAAGGAGACUCUGACAAUUCGCCAGACUCUCGAUAACCUGCGGCUAGACCUCAGUGUUGAUGAUGAAGAUGAACAAGUGCCACAGCGACAGGAAGUCAAAGAAGAGAAAGCGCCAGAGCAGAUCAGCAAGGUCACCGAGGUUUAAUAGUCCAUUCUUAAUGUGUUAUAGAAGAGUAAGAACACGUUUUACAAUCAGGUUUGAUGGGAACAAGUGUGUAAAUUCAUGAGCGGCCAAUUCUGUGUCACCACUUUAUUUUUCUUUCAGAUCUAAAAUAAAGAGUCACACAGUCCAAGCGAAAUGUACUCACACAGAAAAGGAUGAAACACAGUUUCCAAAACAUCGUCAACUGCAAAGAUAUAUUGACCAUAUGAUAUUUUACUUUUUGUAUUACCAUAAAUAAUUUGUUGCACGCACAUCUAUUUACCAGUAAUAUAACGAGUAAGAAAUAUGUACUCUUUGGGAAAAAAUUGAAUUUCAAACAAUAGUACUCACAAGGCACUUUAUUAGGUACACUUGCAUAAGCUCUAACACACAAGCUGCAUCACGAACUGUACUUUUUAAAAAGGUAACAACUUUUAAUAGACACUGUCAGGGAUUUAUUAAUGUAACGUGUUUAUAAUUUUGGUUGUAAUGUAAACUGUUGUCUUUAAUCAUUGCAUUGUGCAGGUGUCUCUAAUGUGGUAGCGAGGGAGAGUUAAAUUGAUUUUACCCCCUAAGUGGUAAGAGAUUUUAGUUUUGUCAUCUAAUGCCAUAUUUGAAUGUAACAUAUUUUCCGCACUAUAAGGCGCCUCAGAGUAUAAGGAGCACCUUCAAUGAAUGGCCUUUUUUAAAAACUGUUUUGAUAUAUAGGGUGCACUGCAUUAUAAGGUGCAGUAGUAGUAGUAGUAGUAGUCAUAGUAGUGGUUGGGGUUGUGUUAUAUAUCCACUAGUUGGUGCUGCGCUAAAGGAAAUCUCAUGCCAUGAUUAACCAAUAUUAAUCCAUAUACAGGUAGUCCCCGGGUUACGACAUACUCGACUUACGCGAUUUUGACUUCACGACGCAGAGUCUCGUCCGUCCUUUUGUCACCAUUCAUUUUGUUUUUUUUAGUCGCAUAAACAGUACGUCAUUUUGCCUCACAGUAUCUAAUUUUUUAAACUUUACUUUGUUAAUAUGACGUGUUCUGUCCUCAAUAAACGUAAAGUUGUUCAGCUUUACAGACGGCAAACAAGGCAAUUGUGCUUUUUGAAGCUUUUUACUUCCUUCACGUUUGACAUUUUCUAAAGCUGUAACACACAUAUGUACACUUAUGUUCAAAACAACAUGCAUUUUAACAAUAAAACCCUCGACACAAAACAUUUGGUCUUCAUACGUCCAUCUAGUCUCAUCCAUAUGUAUAUUCAGUAGAUUAAAUUAGCCUAAAGUCCGCUAGCUUAAAUGCUAUGAAUGCUAACGUAUUUACAAUUCUCAUAGCAAAUUGCUCACACAUAACUCCUAAAACUAUAGCUCGAAACCUAAAUACAAAUGCAUCCACAAACAUAUAUUAGUUUAAACAACUUACAGCCAUAUUUGGGUCAAACUAGGGCGUAGCUGUCCUUUAUCCAUGUCAGAUGUCUGAAUCUGGUCCUAAAUCCUACAAGGCGAAAGUCCAGCCAGACCCAACGAUGCCACCAGAGGGCAGUGUAUCCUCCAUCAUUAAACAAAAUACAGUAUCGUUGGACUUUUUGGAUAGUUACUUUGAGAUUUAGAGAUACUUAAAGGGUUAUGCAGAAAUUCGGGUUAGGUCGCCAGCGUAGGAACGGAUCUUCUUCGUAACCCGGGGACUACCUGAAUAAGGCGCACUGUCUGCUUUUGAGAAAAUUAAAGGCUUUUAGGUGUGCCUUAUAGUGCGGAAAAUACGGUAAUCAUUAUUAAAAAUGCAUUGAUAGCCAAAUUUUCUUCUCAGAACUAUAAAGAUUGCUCUAAUGUAUUUAUUAAAGUCCUGCCAAACUCACUGUUUCGAAGAUAUUUGAGUUUUAAAUGUGCCUUAAGUAGUAGAAACUCAAUAUUACAUGUUUAAAUUCAUGCUGCUGUAUAAAAAGGUUUUGAACUGCGAGUAAAAUUUUCAUUUGUUACUGUUUUGACUUUUCAUCAUUUAUCCAGGAAAAACUCAGCUCAGUAUGAAAUCAUACAGGUUAUUCUAUUUUUAUUUUGUUGAGGUUCGUAGACAAUCUUUAAGGAGGGUUAUUUACUGCAUGGUAACUCAUUCAACACCAUUGAUUGCUGCUAGUGCUCCCAGUUAAAAUAGAUUGGCGUCUGUGGCACUGAAUGAGAAUGUUGUCACUAAACUGGUCUCAGAUGUUAAUAUAUUACAGGGUUGCAGAAUGGAGUCACACGACAACUUUUAUAAAUCAAUUUAUACUGAAUAGUAGUGGUUCUCAAGUUACAUUGCAAAUUACUUGUUGGACAAAACAGGUCUGUAAAUAAUGGGAAAUACACAUUUGAUGCAUUGUCUCAAUUAUUUUGGUAGGGGAAGUGUGGAAUUUCAAAAAGCAACAAAAAACUUAAAAAUAACGCUGAAUGUACUUAUUGACAUUUUUAACAUCCAGAUUCUAGUGUGAAGUUUAAAAAAAAUACAAAUACUAUUGUGUAGACUUGUAUGGAAACGUUGGAUUUUAAGUUAAAGAGGCUUCUUGUAAUUUGAUUUUGGCCGUUGUAAUUUGUGUUCUUGGAUUUGUUGACACAUUUCGUCCUCUGGGCUCGGGAAAAAAUAUAUAUAUUAUUAUUUUGUUUGCUUUAUUUUUACAUAUAUGCAGUGUAGCCCUGCUAUUCGGAUAAAGUCUGGAUCUAUAUUUUGUUUACAUUUGCUGGUGUAUUCAGGCGAUUUGAUUUUGGGGAUUGCUGUCAUAUUUCAUUGCCCGUCUUUCUGCAUUCUAUUAAAGAUGCUAUACUACAAUAAUUUACAACAGAUUAACACUGUUUUUUUUUUUUUUGUUUGCUGGUUAUGCUGUCCAUAUUUAUUGUUGUUUUUCCACAUUGUCUUGGU